CAUGGGCAGAGGUCUAUUGUUGUACUAUAAAACACAGUUAACUAGAAGAUACCAAAACACACUCCACUUUCUCCUACUUUCUACUUUCUAGUUGCUUCUACCAUUCUCUAACUUCAAUGGCUAAAGACAUUCAAACCGAACCUCAAACUGCUUUGCCAAACAAAGACUACCAAGAUCCACCACCUGCUCCACUCUUCGACACCUCUGAACUCUCCCAGUGGUCUUUCUACAGAGCUCUCAUCGCCGAGUUCGUUGCCACUCUCCUCUUCCUCUACGUCACCGUCGCCACUGUCAUUGGCUACAACUCUCAAACCGACCCAGCUCAUAACGGCACCGCCUGUGACGGUGUCGGCAUCCUCGGCAUCGCUUGGGCCUUCGGUGGCAUGAUUUUUGUCCUUGUCUACUGCACCGCCGGCAUAUCUGGGGGACACAUAAAUCCGGCGGUGACAUUUGGGUUGUUUCUGGCGAGAAAGGUAUCGUUGAUUAGAGCAAUAUUAUACAUGGUGGUUCAAUGUUUAGGAGCAAUAUGUGGUGUUGGGUUAGUAAAAGGUUUUCAGAAAAGUUACUACAAUAGGUACAAAGGUGGUGCAAAUAUGUUAUCUAAUGGGUACAGUAAGGGAACAGGGUUAGGUGCUGAGAUCAUUGGAACCUUUUUUCUUGUCUACACCGUUUUCUCUGCCACUGAUCCUAAGAGAAAUGCUAGAGACUCUCAUGUUCCCGUUUUGGCACCACUUCCAAUUGGUUUUGCUGUGUUUGUGGUUCACCUUGCUACUAUUCCUAUCACUGGAACUGGUAUCAACCCUGCUAGAAGCCUUGGAGCUGCUGUCAUAUACAACAAUCACAAGGCAUGGGAUCACCAUUGGAUAUUCUGGGUUGGACCCUUUAUUGGUGCUGCCAUUGCUGCAAUUUACCACCAGUUUGUGUUGAGAGCACAAGCGGCAAAGGCUUUGGGUUCUUUCAAGAGUUCUUCAAACCUUUAAAACAAUAACAAUUUCCUCUAUCCGAAUCCUCUACAACUACUGCACUAUGUAUACCUUCAUCAGUAUGUAUUUACCAUAACAACUAAGACAGAUUGACAUUGUUUAUGUGUUGUGUUAAUGAAUUAAUUUUUGUGUGUUAAAAUUGAUAUCAUCAUCAUCAUUCAUUUAUCUGAAAUUUGAAAUGAUAAGAAUUGAGAUCGAUCA